AUGGCUGGUAUGCAUCUGUUCGUAACAUUGCUCGCUGACAUAGCACGUUUUACCCAGCUGUGCCGUCUAAUAGAAUAUUUGAACUUGUCCGGUUGUCAGAACCUUACUAACGACACAUGUGAACAUUUGGGACAGAAUUGUCCGCAAUUAAAGACCGUCCUACUGGAAUCGUGUUCGAAAAUCGAUGAUGCUGGGAUGGAACUCAUCAGCUCCUGUUGCAAUCUCACCGUUCUGGAUGUGUCCUGGUGUGCCAUCGGUGACCGUGGAUUGGCUGCAGUUGCUCGAGGAUGCAAGAGUUUACAAAAAUUCCGCGCCGUCGGGUGUCGUGAUAUCACCAGCCGUGGCGUGGAAAAGCUCGCCCGCCGCUGCCACGGUUUGCUGCUGCUAAAUUUGAACUAUUGCGGUCAGGGCAUUACCGAUGUGGCCAUGGUACACCUGGCCACUGGCUGUCCGGAACUGCGUGUCCUUGCCGUUUCCCAUUGCGCCAUCACUGACAUGGGGCUACGGGCACUUGCUGGUACCCUGACACCUACAGCAGCGGCUUCUGUCCUCGGGCACGCCAAUAUGGUAGCUGUGCAUCAGAACGGUGACGCUUUGGUUAUCCGUGUGCCUCCUCCUCCACCGACUGCCAACGGUAACGUGAGUCGUGCCGUAAACGAGUCCGAGGUCUCCGCAAGUGGUGAUGAUCCGCAACGAAUCGGUCGGGAAGAUACGCGAGAGUGUCCUUCUCCUUCGGAUGCGGCAAGCAGUCCACUGAUUCCUGUCGGAUGUGUUCAUUUGACCACUCUAGAGGUGGCGCGCUGUACCGCUAUUACCGAUAUCGGGCUAACUGCGAUUGCGCCCCACAAUGGGAAGCGAUUUUGA